AAUGGAACGGUUCGUGUUCGCUGCGCACUCGUAAAGCCGAAGCGUCCGACUUUUCUCCCAGUGUGUGUUUUUAAAAAUCUUAAAUAUUCGUUUUUUUAAGCGCGUUAAUAAGUGUAUUUAAUCAAGCUAAUCCCGGGAACCACAAAGUUCCCAAGCGUGGGCUUUACAAAAGUGCCAAAACAAAACAAAAGCAGUGCAAAUUAAUCUAAAAAGUUCAGAUAUUCCAAAACAGCUUAAGUGAAAAACCCAAAAUAAAAUAUAAUUUCAUAUAUAAUCGAUCGAAGAAGCUCUUAAUAAGUUAACUAAAAAUCGUACAACGAAUCCAAAAUCUUAAAAAACAUAGUAAUUAUUAUUCUUAAAGCAAUAUUUGCAUUUAGCAAGUGCUGCUUGCCACCCAUAAUUUACUGUACUAAAAGCAAAAGCUAUGGAAUAUGAGCAGAACGAGUGAAAGUGACCAAUCCAUUAUCUAAAGCUAACACAAAACCCUUAGAAAACCUAAAGUCCCCUUUGCAAAUCGAAGAUUUCGGAGGCACUCCGCCAUGAGCUCAUUCCUCAUGGGUUAUCCGCAUGCACCGCACCAUGUCCAGAGUCCCAUGUCCAUGGGCAAUGGCCUGGAGCCCAAGUUCCCGCCGGUCGCCGAUGACUACCAUCACUACAACGGCCACUACUCGAUGACCGCUUCCACGGGCCACAUGAGCGGUGCCGUCGGCAGUGGAGCGGUCUCAGGUGGCGGAUCGGUGGGCUCCUGUGGGGCUAGCGGGAUGUCAGGACAUCCCCAUACCAUGCAUCCGGCAGACAUGGUCAGCGACUACAUGGCUCAUCACCACAAUCCGCAUACCCACUCGCAUUCGCACAGCCACUCACUGCCGCAUCACCACAGCAAUAGUGCAUUGUCCGGACACCACCAGCCAUCUGCCGGUGGAUACAGCUCCAACUACGCCGCCGCCACUCCGCCCUCGCAUCCGCAUCCGCACGCCCAUCCGCACCAGAGCCUGGGCUACUACGUGCACCACGCCCCCGAGUUUAUAUCCGCCGGGGCGGUGCACUCCGACCCAUCAAACGGAUACGGCCCGGCAGUAAAUGUUCCAAAUAAUAGCAGCGGGAGCGGAGGUGCAGGAAGCGGAGGAGUUAUCGGAGGCGGAGCUGUGGCAGCAUCAGCUAAUGGUUACUACGGUGGCUACGGUGGCGGCUAUGGAGCGGCGAACGGAAGCGUUGGCAGCACCCGCUCCCAAGGACACUCACCGCACUCCCAGAUGAUGGACCUGCCGCUUCAGUGCUCCUCCACGGAACCACCGACGAACACUGCCCUAGGACUGCAAGAGUUAGGCUUAAAGCUUGAGAAACGCAUUGAAGAAGCUGUACCUGCCGGUCAACAACUGCAAGAGCUGGGCAUGCGAUUGCGCUGUGAUGAUAUGGGAUCCGAAAACGAUGAUAUGUCGGAAGAGGAUCGGCUUAUGCUGGAUCGAUCCCCGGACGAGCUGGGCUCCAAUGACAACGAUGACGAUCUCGUGGACUCAGACAGCGACGACGAUCUGAUGGCGGAGACGACCGACGGCGAGCGGAUUAUAUAUCCCUGGAUGAAGAAGAUCCAUGUGGCUGGUGUGGCAAACGGGUCGUAUCAGCCAGGAAUGGAGCCGAAACGCCAACGCACCGCCUACACGCGCCACCAGAUCCUGGAGCUGGAGAAGGAGUUCCACUACAACCGCUACCUGACGCGGCGGCGGCGCAUCGAGAUUGCCCAUACGCUGGUGCUGUCGGAGCGGCAGAUCAAGAUCUGGUUCCAGAAUCGGCGGAUGAAGUGGAAGAAGGACAACAAGCUGCCCAACACCAAGAACGUGCGCAAGAAGACGGUGGACGCCAACGGCAAUCCAACACCGGUAGCCAAGAAGGCCACCAAGCGGGCCGCCUCCAAAAAGCAAACGCAGCAGUCGCAACAAGCGCAGCAGCAGCAAACGCAACAACAGCAGACUCCGGUGAUGAAUGAGUGCAUCCGUUCGGACAGCUUGGAGAGCAUCGGUGACGUUAGUUCUUCGCUGGGAAAUCCUCCAUAUAUACCGGCAGCAUCAGAUUCGGCCAACAACUAUGCGGGAUCUCAGCAGCAGCUCCUCGGCAAUAGCAACAACAAUGGCAGCGGCAAUAACAACAAUAAUAACAACAACAACAGCAACAACCUCAACAACAACAAUAACAAUCAAAUGGGCCACACCAACCUGCAUGGCCACCAACAACAACAGCAACAACAACAACAACAGCAGCAAUCCGAUCUCAUGACCAAUCUGCAGCUUCACAUCAAACAGGAUUAUGAUCUGACGGCCCUGUAGAAUCAGCGGGGAAAUCUGCAAGAUGUCUUCAGCACUGUACAUUAGCUAUCCCUAACAAUCUUUGUAUAAUUUUAUUUCUCAUUUCGGAUCUACGACCUUGUACGCGGGACAAGGUUAAGGACAAAUCGGAGUAUACAGUGAACGUAGUUAGUUAGUCUAGUUAAGGAUCGACCACUAGGUAAACGAACCCUCAUCUUAUAGUUAUAGUUAUAGAUAUAGAUAUAGUGUUGUAUUCCCGAUUCCCACAAAUGUUGUAUAGUAUGAGUUGUACUUAAGCACCCUAAGAUUCAGGUAUAAGAGUUUGUAUAAAGCCUAGAAAGAUUCGUCAUAGCUGGUAAGUGGCUUACACUUAGCUCUAUAUAAAAUACAUAUAGAAUGGCUUAUUUGUAUAUUAUAAUUACCUUAAAUAUAAUUACCGAGUGUAGUUGGCAUUUGUUGUGCGUCUCUAGAUGUAUGUAAGUUCGUACGUAUAUUUUAUGGAUACAAAUAAAACGGAAACAUGAAGAGUAUAUCUGAUAUAAAGAGAAUAUAUUGUUUAUGGAAAC